CUCUUUCGACUUUAUUGUGCAUAAUAGCAAUUUCCUCUGCAGCAGACUACUGUGCAAGUGCAACAAGUUUGCAGGAGCAGUCAGUGCAGGUUGACUUGGGGCUCCACUCAUCUCUCUGUCGCUGUCACCACAAAGUCCCUGUACGUGAACGCGUCGUCGCAGGCACACACACGCAGAACAGUCGGUGUGCCAUACAUUCGUGACUGCGCGCCAGAUGCAGUUUGCUCCCAACACGCGCGUGUAGUUGUAGUUAAAUGGAGAUCGCGGAGGCAAGAAGAGCAUCUAAGUGCGUGGAAGAAAUGGAGAAAGAAGUGGCGCCUCAGAAGCGACAACAUUACCGCACAACAGUGCUGAACAUUAUCUCGUCUUUAUGCUCAGUGGCGUCCAUCGCCUUUUGCAUUCUUCUGAGCAUGAACACAGCUGAUAUUAAGAACCGGGUUGUGGAUUUGGAGAGUGGGAAUGACGAGCACACCUUGAUCCGCGCCCCCGGCUACUCCAUGGAUGAUUUUAAUUCAUUGAUUGAACAACGAGUGGAUGAGCUGCUCUCUCAGCGCUCCUAUGAACAUUUUGUCAAGAUUCGGACUGCGAGACAAGCGUCACCUGAAUGCAGCUGCCCUCCAGGACCUCCGGGGAAGCGAGGAAGAAGAGGCCGCAAUGGAGAAACUGGACCUCCUGGCCCUUCAGGUACCAAGGGUGAAAAGGGGGAUCAAGGCGACCAGGGACCACGGAUGGUCUUCCCUAAGAUCAAUCAUGGCUUUCUUUCUGCUGACCAGCAGCUCAUAAAGCGGCGGCUCAUUAAGGGAGAUCAGGGGCAAGCUGGACCACCUGGGCCUCCGGGGCCACCAGGCCCUCCAGGGCCAAGGGGGCCUCCAGGGGACACUGGGAAAGACGGGCCCAGAGGUGUACCUGGUCUAUCAGGGGACGCAGGGCAGACUGGAGACACAGGAAUCAUGGGACCUGAGGGGCCACCAGGGCAAAAGGGUUCACUCGGGUCUCCUGGCAGCGCAGGUGAUGAUGGACUGAAGGGGGAUGUUGGCAUCCCAGGAUUGGACGGAGUCCCCGGAUCCAAGGGUGAAAUGGGGGAGCAAGGUGAAAAGGGCGAUUUGGGCGAAGACGGACGGAAAGGUGAUUUAGGAGAGAAGGGAGACGCCGGCUCCACUGCAGCAGGCAUCAAGGGUGAACCUGGAGAGUCCGGGAGAAGUGGAAUGAAGGGAGAGCCAGGACUUCCAGGGCUGCCUGGACUCCCAGGGAUAAAGGGUGAGCCUGGAUUCCUCGGCCCCCAGGGAGAUCCAGGGCUCCCAGGACUCCCAGGAACUAAGGGGGAGAGAGGCGACCACGGGCCACAAGGAAAGGGGGAAAGAGGAGAGCUUGGACCCUUUGGACCAAAGGGUUCACAAGGAGAGACGGGUACACCUGGUUUUAAAGGGUCAAAGGGUGAGACUGGAGACAAAGGAAUCUUGGGAUCUGUUGGCCUGAAGGGCCCUCCUGGGCAGAAAGGAGACCAAGGAGCCACAGAAAUUGUCGACUACAAUGGAAACAUUCAAGAAGCUUUACAGAAGAUUACCACUAUUACAGUAACGGGUCCUCCUGGACCGCCCGGCCCGAUUGGACCGGAGGGUGUGAAGGGGGAUCGUGGCUUGCCUGGUCUCCCCGGACUCGAUGGUGAACGAGGUUACAAAGGCUACAAAGGAGACAUGGGAAUGCCCGGAGCUUCAGGGGAGAAAGGAACAACUGGUUUACCCGGUUUACCUGGUGUCAACGGGAUACGAGGGGAUAAGGGAGGCUCAGGUCUACCUGGGCUUCAAGGAUCCUCAAUCGUCGGCACACCAGGGGCACCAGGACCUCAUGGCCCCUCGGGCCCCAUGGGCCCCCACGGUUUCCCUGGAUCAAAGGGGGAAUCUGGUUUGCAUGGUGUGAAGGGUGUCAGAGGAGAAGCAGGACACAAAGGGGACCGUGGACCGCUGGGUCUCCCCGGAGCCUCCGGCUUGGACGGCAAGCCCGGAUUUAGGGGUACGGACGGGCCUGCAGGUCCAGCUGGGCCCGCUGGGCCAAAGGGGGACAUAGGUGAGAGAGGAACAUCAGGCGAGCCUGGACCGAGGGGACCUUAUGGACUACCUGGAUCUGCUGGAACACCAGGCUUGGAUGGGUUGCCAGGCUUAAGGGGAGAGAAAGGCGACGUUGGGGAAAGAGGAGACAAGGGGGAGAAGGGAAAGAAGGGCAAAAAAGGGCCUAAGGGCGAGAAAGGAGAACAGGGUGCCCCUGGAUUAGAUGCACCCUGCCCAUUGGGCCCAGAUGGAUUACCAAUGCCUGGAUGCUGGCAGAAGUGAUCGCUCUAACCUGAAACGCAUGGAGUUUGUAAAUAAUGCUUCUUUUAUGGUAUUUAUAGUUUUUUUAAUGGAAAAAAAAGUCUAAAAGAAUAGAAGUCUAUGUGUACAAUGAUACAACAAGAGAUAACCGUCUCGAGUUUCACGCCCUAAGCUGCUUCUACUCACAUCACCGUGUGGAAAACAACCGUGUGUGUGUGCGCGCUCUCACAUCCACAUCGUGGUGGAGUUCAGAUCCUCGGCUGUCGGCAGAACUUGUCUCUGUAGUCUCUGCAUGGCUCAGACUGCAGCGCCGCAGCCCGGCCAGAUUCACUGGGGGGUUCAGGAGACGUGGAGGAAGUGGAGGAGGAGGAGGGGGAUCUGGACUGGCUCUCUAACACCAAACGCUACGUGUUUUCUGUUGUUUGGUCUCAACAAAGCUCACCGCCCAUUCAUGCAGCAACAUUUUCUAAAAGACAAAAAAAAAAGAAAGAAGAAAAACUGUGCCAAACAGAACAUUGCACCCCUGACCCUGCAAAGCAUGAGUAGUAUUGAAACUAUAUUUAUAUGUAUUGUACAUACAUGUCA